UCUACACAGGAGCUCUCAGGGAAGUUAAGGCGAACAGAGGCAGCUAAUAUGGGGAUAAAUAAUAUCUAAACUCCUUGUCUCGCAGCAGCGUUGUGGUUAGUUGAUUCGUGUUUGAGAUCCUCAGAGGAAAGGUGCUAUAGAAUGGCCAUGUAUUCAGAGUAGCGAUUUGCUUGAAUUUUGGCUCACCCCGGGCCAUCUGCUACAUUACACAGCACAGCUCAUAGCUCUCUUCUACGGCCCUUAAACAACCUGCCCUGUUGGAACCAGGAGCACAUAUAGAUGUACGAAAUACGGCAGUGAUGAAGAACGGGUAAGGCAAGGAGCUUGGGGAAAUUUAAUCUCGAUCAUAUUUUAUUUUAAAUAUGUCUUAACAUUUUAGGACGAUGAUGAUAAUAGAACCUUAUUUCCACAGGAGAUGUCCGAACGGUACAUUGUGCUGUUCCCCUUCCAGCUGUUGAUUCUAUCAGUGGAUCACAUGAAGAAGGCGUUUGUCUACCAGGGCCUGCUUCCGCUGGCGGGGAUGAGUGUGAGGGAUGUGCCGAGUGACACCGGCUGCAUGUUUGAAAUGAUGGGGCCCAUGAUAGAAUCCAGGAUCAUCUCAUGCCCGAGUCCAGCUGAAUUCCACAUCUGGGUUCUCAGCAUCCAGCAGCACAUCAAGAUGGCAAAUGCUCACUGUCCAGCCCACCCCAGCAGUAUCAUUCCUUUCCUGGUUCCAUGUGAUGAGCAGUGGAAGAAACGGAAGCUGAUGAAGCAUCUGUUUUACACCACCAUUCUGAAGUGGGAAGGGAAACCCAUCCAGCACCUAGGACGGAUACACUACCUGGCCAUGGUGCAGGUGGCUUAUGCCAGCAUGGGGGACUUUAAAGAGCGGCUGCUGGUGCUGUUUCCAGAGGAUCUGGUUUUCCUCUCCGUCGACAGAGAGAGAACCUGCAUUGCGUAUGAGGGAAAACUCCCUCUAGCUGGGAUCCAGGCAAAGGAGAAAUCUGCUGUGCUGGGGCGGCUGGAAUUUGAAAUCACCGGAAGCCUGACGGAACCGAUCCUGGUCACCUGCUGCACCGCUGAAGAUUAUGAAAAAUGCCUCUUCUACCUACAAAAGCCUGAGCAAAACCUUGACACGGUGACUGUCCAGCCACCACCCAUGGUGCCGAAGAAAUCGCUGCAGCGUUAGAACUAUGGAGCCUAUGGAAAAGGCCCAGUGACAGCGCUGACUGUAGGGGCCAAACUGAUGGCUAAGGAUGUUGGAGGAAGGAGCCCACCACUGGCAAAACUAGAGAUGGACCAGAAAUAACUUGAAUCCAAACCCCUCCAGACUGAGAAGGUUGAAUUGUGAGUCCUCCAUCUGAACCUACCCUGUGGGGUAUGGUCCCCAGCUGGACUCAUUCAUUUGUGCCCAGAUUAGCUGCUGUUCCCGAUGGCCUGUUGGAAUCCCCUGGAUAUAAUCCCGGUUGAUCAGACUCCUUGGGGAGGAAUCCUUCCUGGUUUGAUCACUUUAUUUAUUGGCUGCUGCUGCUUGGAGAGAGAAAUAACCUAAGGUAGUGUGUAAAUAGGAUGAAUAAAACCCAUCAGCCCAAAUCCAAGCCUUGUGCAGAAAGGACCAUUCCUGUGACAGAGUUUAAGGCCAGAUGGGACCGCCCAAUGACCUCCCGUAUAGCACGGGCCACCAACACCCGCACACGAAACCCAGCACCCAGAAUGAGACCAAAGUAUCACAGCCCACAGGAGACUAGACCAGUAUGUGCCACAGGCAGAGACUAGGAGGGAUGGAGGUGCACCAGUGCCUGAGGCCCAUGAAGGAGCAGGGAAAUAAUCAAGUGUGAUAUACCCAGAUAAUCCUGACUAGUGACCUGCACCCACCUGCUGCUGAGGAAGCUGACCCCCACCCUGCCCCCCGUCACUGCCAAUCUGAGUUGGGGGCAAAUUCCUUCCCGACCCGACAUAUGGCGAUCAGCUAGACCCUGGGCAUGUGAGCGAGAACCAGCCAGCCAAGCAUCUGAGAGAGAGACUGCUCAGUGUCAUAUCACAGGCCUGGCCCUCUCCAUCCAAUGGCCCCUCUCCGCCCGUGGCCAUCCCGUACGCUUCCAAGGAAGGAGAUUGAUUAAAAAAAAAUGGGAUGCAUUGGGAAGUGAAGGGAAUCCCUUCCUGACCCCUGCAGGUGGCUGGCUGAAGCCCUGUGCAUGAGCUUUUAGAUGUAAAUCAGAAGCGACCCCAAGGGCUGCCCAGCCCUGCCCCCCACCCUCACAAGGAACCCCAUCACACUCUCUCUCAAAACUAAUUAAGUUGUUUGCUUCCCAGCUCCUACAGGAGGCUGUCCCAGGACCUCCCUCCUUGGAUGGGUAGAAACCCUCUUCUAAUUCCCAGCCUGAAGUGGUUUAGGGCCUGUUUACCCCCAUUUGUUCUUAUGCUAACGUUGUCCUUUAGCUUAAAUAGCUCUUCUCCCUCCCUGGUGUUUACCUUUCCCCCCGUCCCCUGGACGUAUUUAAAGAGCGUAAUUGGGUCCCUUCCCGGGGGUCCCAGGUUCUGAGGCACCUCACUACCACCUGCCCUUAGCAUGAGGCAGUGGUCCGUGCUUGCUGUGAAUCAGCUCCCUGAAACCACCAGCAUCUGGCAACACAAGCACUCCCUUCCAGGUGUCCACUGGCCUCAUGCUCCCUCUGUGGGCGUUAGCAAUGAGCACACACUAACCCCUGAGUCCUCCGAGCAGCCCUCUGGAGCACGCACCCCUGGUCCACUGAGGACUCCCAGAACUCUCAGAUCCACUAUUCCCAAAGCUGGCAAAAGUCAAAUCAGGAGCCCCACUUUAUUGAACCCACCACACUUAGAUAUGUAUAUAUAUAUAUAGAGAGAGAGAGAAAACAAGAAUAUGUUUAUUAUUAAAAACAGAGAUUC